UGUCAUCAACUUGGAGGUCUUAAAACCAUAAACCCUUGAGCUGGUCCGUCCUUAGCCAUAGCUCUGCUUUUCAUCUAUACACAUCCAAAGUGACUCAAGUCAAGUCCGAGGUGGAUCGUUGGAAGCAAAAAUGCAAGCAAGCAGCUUGUAUCUGUCCCAGAAGUCCCUCCGGGUCAAGCAGCAUGGCAAUAUCCUCACCAGAAGUUCAAGCAGAGAGAUCUCCAUGAUUAACCUCUCCUUCGAAGAUUAUCAUGGAGGAGCAUCUGUCGCAGUUCCUUUCAACUGGGAGUCUGAACCUGGCACUCCUAAAGUAAAGUCUCCUGAAAUCCCCAGUCUCCCUCCUCUAACACCCCCUCCUUCCUACUUUUAUUCCACCCCGAAACGACCAGUCAAAAAAAACCAAUCAAGGCCUAACCUCCUCGAUAGCAUCUUCUCUAAGCGUUCCAGGAGGAAAACUAGUGUGAAACUCUCUCCUGCUUCUUCCUCAACAUCAUCAGCUUCUUCAUCGCGUUCAUCAUCACCGUGGCCAAGACCAUAUUCUGUGCCAUCAUCUCCAAUGACGGCGUCGAAUUUGUACGCACGAAAUGAGUUAUCAAGAGCGAGACUGUUCUGUGAUUCCAGGGCUGAUGACGAGGAAGAACAUGAAUACCAAUCCUCUGUUUCAACUCCAUGCUUUGGUCGUGGAGCAAGUACCAGGUCUCGAGGCAUUUGUUCAUCAAUGCUCAGGAUCUGGGAUGGACAAUUUAGAAAUUCAUUCCGAGGCUGUGUGACUGUGUCAUUGAUGAUGGGGCAUGGCACUGAACUGUCAGCAUUGUUUAUACUACUUUAUACAAGGUCAAACCUCUCUCUUUUCGAUCAGUACAGAGGAAAUUGA